AUGCGCACAGCGCCGCCGGAAGCGGCGGGACCCGCAGCACUGGCGGCGGAGCAGCAGCGGCAGCACCGGGAGAGCGGCGGCGGCGCCCGGGUGGGGCUGUGCCUGCUGUGCGGGCUGCCCGCGGCCGGCAAGUCCACGCUGGGCCGCGCCCUGAGCCGCCGGCUGCCGCAGCGGCGGGGCUGGGCCUGCGCGCUGCUCGCCUACGACGAGCUCAUCCCGCCCGAGGCCUUCCGCACCAGCCCGUCCCCAUCGCUGCCCGGCUGGAAGCAGAGCCGCCGCGAGCUGCUGCAGUGCCUGGAGGGGCUCCUGCGGGCGCUGCUCACCGGGGCGCCGCUGCCCGGCCCCGCGCAGCCGGGCUGGCCGCGCUUCCUGCGCUGCUGCCGCCGGGAGGGGCUGCUGGCCGCCCCCGAUGGGGACACCGGAGCCGCCCCCCGGCCGCUCGUCCUCCUGCUGGAUGACAACUUCUAUUACCAGAGCAUGCGCUACGAGGUGUACCAGCUGGCCCGCAAAUAUUCCUUGGGCUUCUGCCAGUUAUUUUUGGAGUGUCCAGUGGAAUGCUGCCUGCAGAGGAACUGCCUCAGGAGUGACCCUGUGCCUGAGCAAACCAUACAAUUAAUGGCAAGGAAAAUAGAGAUGCCAGAUCCCAGGAAAAACACCUGGGAGCAGCACAGCCUCAUUCUGAGCAGUUCUGAUGGCAUCUCAGAGGAUGAUGAGCAGAUCAUGAACUUGCUGGUCACUGCUUUGGAAAAUCCAGAGAGGCCAAAUGAGGAGGACACAGAGCAGAAGGAGGCAGCUCGAGCCACGUGUGCAGCCAGUGCUGUCCAUCAGGCUGACCAGGCGUGCAGGAGAGCCAUCUCUGAGGCCAUGCAGGAUGCCAAAGGUAAAAACGUUCUCCCGAGUGAGAUGAAGAGCCUGGCAGAAGAACUCAACAAACUGAAAGCAGAAUUUUUGGAAGACUUGAGGCAAGGGAAGACUUUGAAAAGCCAAUAUUCUGACCCUGCUACAAGUGUUAUUUCUUCAUUCCAACAGGAGGCAGCCAAGGUAGUAAAUAAAUAUAUUUUAAAAUAAUGACACAGAGAAUGUUGGGUGUUUAGGAGUCCCAAGUAUUAAAAUGCAGGACUCUGAGCACUGCUGCUGAGAUCUGAGGUGCAGCUGCCCUCUCUGGAGCCCCUGUGCCCCUUCUCCCCAUGAAAUGGAAGAGAAACACUUUAAUCAAGUCUAACCAAGCUGUUCUUGGCUGUGGAGAUCAAGCCAAGAGCAAACCAUCCUGAGAUUCAAAUUUCACAGAAUCAGGAAGAGUUAACCCAGGAGGAGCACCAGGGAAAUCACCAGCUCCACCCCUGGAAGGAUGUGCAAUUAAAAACUGACAUGGGACCUAGUUAGAAAGUGUUAUUUUAUUCAUAUCUUACAAAAGCAAAGCUUCACAACAUGAACUACACGAGAUAGAGUUAUUUCAGAAUUAACCUUGUUGUCUCAGAAAUGUUCACUAACAUUAAAAUUUAUUUUACAACUCUAA